AUGGCGCCUACACAAUAUUUGUUAUCAUCAUUUUUACGAAAAUUCGAGACCAGCUACUUCGUUUGGUGUUUUUCUGCUGGUAUUAUUUUUUUUCUCAUAGUUUGCUUAAAAUAUAGCUUUGGCUAUGAUGCAUUCCGUCAUAAUCAAUUAAAAUCAUAUAUUUCAUCGAAUUCAGAGAUAGGCACAUCGCAUGAAUUGAACAUUAUUGAUUUGAACAUCCGAAUUGUGGAAAACUUUACUUGUUUCAAGACAAAUCGGCUUUUUCAAGUGAUACGUACUACAAUAUGUGUACAUAAUAGAACAGACUUCGUAAGCGCUUAUUAUUAUGGCAGUUCUAUAUAUGAACAAGAUGCACUUCAUUUACUUUUUCGCAUUUUCUUGAAAUAUCAACAUCUUGGUCUAAUCGACGUCGGCGCUAAUAUUGGUACAUACACGAUGUUUGCUGCUGCAAUGAAUCAUUUCGUCAUAGCGAUUGAAUGUUUUAGACCAAACUAUAUGAGAAUCGUUAAGGCCAUUCAGAUGGAAAAGCUUCAAAAGAAUGUAAUACUUAUUGGAAAUGCUUUGUAUUCUCAGCUGGGACUCAAGCUUAGCUUAUCUCAAGAUCCUAUAAAUAUCGGAGGUCAAGCAAUAUAUGAUUCGGGUCCAACAAACAAAUCAUUUGAUAAUCCGUAUGUGGUGAAAACAAUGCGAUUUGACGACUUGCUACCAAUAAUAAAACAGACAAAAAUGCGUUCUUUUCUUCUCAAGGCAGACAUCGAAGGGUCUGAAUAUCAUAUAUUUGAAAGUGGCAAACAAGUUCUUGACUAUUUAGAUAUUCCUAUAAUUUUCAUGGAAUGGGAUAAAAUUCGCUAUCAUAAAGCGCGUGCAACGAAUAUCAUCGAUUUUCUGACUACCCGUCAAUAUAUUGCAACGAUAGAUACUUGUAAACAAGUUAAUGUAACAGUACCUAUAGAACAAUGGCCAGUCAAUAUCUUUUGGACGAAACUCAAUGUUUCUGAAAUCUGCUAA